GUUUGGUCCGCUGCUGAUUUCGGUGAUCUUCAAGAUGACGAUGGAUUCUUACGACGUUAUCGCCAACCAGCCCGUAGUUAUUGAUACGUUUGUCCUCAGCAGUUUGGAAAUUGACAGGUUAUCUCUUCUUGAGGGGUCGAGAUGGUCCAAGUGGUUAGAGCGCGAUUUUACUGACCGGAAGAUCCGUGGUUCGAACGUGACCUCUACCUCUCGACUUCCCCUGUCUAGGCUUGGGCAGCCUGGCAGUAUCCCAGCCCUCGUGCUUCCUUCUGGUGGCAUGGGCACCGGUAUCCUCAAGGCUGGGUUUGCUGGCGAUCAGGUACCCAAGUAUCGAUUUCCAAACUAUAUUGGGCGACCGAAACAUGUCCGGGUAAUGGCUGGUGCCUUGGAAGGCGAUGAAUUCAUUGGCCCCAAAGCGGAGGAACACCGUGGCUUGUUAAGCAUCCGAUAUCCAAUUGAACACGGUAUCAUCCGAGAUUGGAAUGAUAUGGAGCGUAUCUGGACGUACGUGUACAGUAAAGACCAGCUGAUGGUAAGCAGCGAAGAACAUCCUGUACUGCUGACUGAACCUCCGUACAACCCGAAACGCAAUCGGGAGAAAAUGGCGGAAAUCUUUUUUGAAACGUUCAGCGUCCCCGCUCUCUACAUAUCAAUGCAAGCUGUCCUAAGUCUGUACUCUACAGGUCGGACAACUGGCGUAGUUUUGGAUUCCGGUGAUGGUGUCACGCAUGCAGUGCCAAUCUACGAAGGUUACGCCCUUCCACAUGCCAUCGAGCGAACUGAUUUGGCCGGACGUGAUGUGACCCGUUUUCUCCGAUUACUGCUUCGCAAAGAGGGUGCGGACUUCCAUACCAGUUCCGAGUUUGAAAUCGUCCGGCAGAUUAAGGAACGGGCUUGCUUCAUUACACUAAAUCCGGGAAAAGUGGAAGCUAUUGAGGCCGUGGUAUCAUAUCCCCUCCCAGACGGUUCCACUUUAGAAAUCGGCCCAGCACGAUUCCGGGCACCCGAACUCCUCUUUCGCCCGGACUUAAUCGGAGAGGAAUUCUUCGGUAUACAUCAGGUUUUGGCCUAUGCUAUUCAGAAAUCAGACAUGGAUUUGCGGCGUCUCUUAUACGAGAAUAUUGUGCUUUCGGGAGGAUCCACUCUCUUCAAAGGUUUUGGCGACCGUUUGGUAUUGGAAAUGAAGCGAAUGGCUCCCAAGGAUGCUCGUCUUCGAAUAUCAGCUCCACAGGAACGUCUUUAUUCCACUUGGAUUGGUGGUUCUAUCCUGGCAUCUCUAGACACGUUCAAACGUAUGUGGAUUUCCAAACGGGAGUACGAGAGCGAAGGCUCUCGCGUACUUCAUCGGAAACUCUUUUGAAGUUCAUUCCAAGGAAGACUACUCGUCCAUCCCCACUCCGUUUCUCGCAAUGCUCUCCCGCGGGCCCAUUUCACAAUCGCAUAUCGGUUUUCUGAACAUAACAUAACAGCCUUUCCUUUUUCAGCCCGUUCUCUUCUGGAAACAGCUAGUGGCAAUGCUUUUGUCUUUGUGCAAGACAUUGCGGACUCUGGAAAUUGAAGGCCAGUCACUCAGCUGCAGAUAGCACUGGGGUUCUUCAGUUCAUCCUGUUCAAAACGAAUCUAAUAACCUUGUGACUAGUUCUUUCGUUCAGUAAGCCCCCUGACUCUGAUCCCUUCGUAUAUAUUUAGGAUCUCGAUACCGUCUUGACAUAUGGUGUUGCUAAAAUUUGAGUGUAUUUGAGUCAGUGAACGUAAUUCAGGUCAGCAUGUCAUCCCGGUCGUUUUUAUCCGUUCUCGCGGUUGUUCAUCCUUGAAAGGUUUUGAUUGGUGACUCUUUUCGAGACGCUAACUACACAUUGGUCUUGGUGCCGAUUUUCCUUAUUGUCCACUAUCGUGUUUUUCUUUUCACCUGUCGAUGGGCUUUCUUCAUGGUCAUACAAACUGAUCUGAAUACGUGA